GAUGCAAAUAUUUAAAAAUGAAAAGACUGCAACUGAAAUAACUCUGAUUGAGUUAUGCAAAUUCUACUUGCAACCUUUAAUUUUUAAACAUCUAGUAUCAAAUUGUCAUGAUUGCACUGAUUUUCAAUAUGAAAAAAAAUGCUGCUCAUGGAAACAUAACUAUUGAUAACAUAGACGCAAAAGCACAAAAAUUUCCCUUAUGUAUGCAACAUUUACAUUCUGUGUUAAGAAGCAGACAUCGUCUUAGUCAUUAUGCUCGCUUAUACUAUAGCCUUUUUCUAAAAGAAAUUGGGAUGGAAUUAGAAGAUUCAAUCAUAUUUUGGAAGCAAGAAUAUUCCAAGCCACAUACUUGUUCUUCAAUAUGUUCACAUAAUUGGCAAUCAAAUGAAAAAAAAUUCAUAUAUAGCAUUAGACAUAUGUAUGGUUUAGAAGGAUCUCGAAGAAAUUAUAAGACACCUGACUGUAAUUUAAUUUGUGGUGGUAUUAGUGCAAUGUACGAAGGUGGUUGUCCUUUCAAAGAUUUUAAUGUGGAUACACUCAAAAAUCUUUUACACACUUCAUUAACUGAAGAUGAAGCAGACAGACUUAUAAAUAACAUGUCUAGUAAAAGUCCAGAAGUUCUUUGCAGCGCUUUUUUGAGACUUUUAUGCAAAGACAGUAUUGAUAAUGGUAUUAUUAAAAGUCCGAUAGAAUAUUAUCACAGAAUAAAUGAUUAAAUAUUUGUGUCCUAUUGAUAAAUCUGUAUAAUAAUUUGUACUAUCUAUUCUUGCUGAUAUUUUAAAUUAAUACUUGUAUAUUAUCAAAAAAUUUCAUCAAGAUAGAAAUUUUGUCAAUAAAUCUUUUGUAAAUAUUAUUAAAAA